AGUCUCCGUGCAGUCCUCGACCUCCCCCAAAUCUACACGAAGCCCUCUGCUGAGGCGCUCCUCGAUACCCUCAGACUUCUCACAACUGCCCCACCGUCAUGGGAGGAGCCAGAAGAAACGAAACGCAAAGACGGACAAGCGGCGGCAGUCACAGUCAGUUCAGAAGGUGUCACAGGGUACCUCACAAGCAUCAUUGGUAGUGAUCUACGGUGGAUAGAGGAUGAAGAAUUGAAGGAACAGAUUUGGGAUCAAGCCAGCGCAAGGCUCAGCGAGCGCUCUGGACGUUCUGCCAUGGGCGCAAUGUCACGUUCGUUCCACAUUCCCACCUCGUCCGACGCUUUCGACCUCAGCAUCCACGAACCAACUAUGACUGGCGAUGACCUGGGUCUGAAAACGUGGGCAGCGUCGUAUCUCCUCGCGAAACGUCUCAGCUCAUUCGAUCUGGUCCCCCGGUAUACAAAAAGUAGACUACAAGUGCUUGAGCUUGGUUCGGGAACUGGGCUGGUUGGACUCGCCAUGGCAGGCCUGGGUGCAGACGUGGUGCUGACAGACCUGCCCAGCAUCUGCCCGAACCUUAAGUACAACAUACUUCAGAAUGAGGAGGUGGUCAGCGGGAACAAUGGAAGUGCUCGUGCAGCCAUGCUUGAUUGGACUGAGCCUCAGGUCUGCGAGCCGCUACAGGAUGACGACGAGGCCGUGCCUGCAAAAUUUCCAGUAAUCCUGGCUGCCGAUUCACUGUACUCUGCAGAUCACCCUCGCAUGCUGGUAGACACGAUUGCGGCAUGGCUUUCGCCGAACAGCGACGCCAAAGUCAUUGUCGAGUUUCCGUACAGGGAGGCAUAUCUGCCUCAGAUUGAGGACUUUCGCGGCCGGAUGCUCGAGAUUGGGUUGCAGAUAGUGGAUGAAGGCGAAGAGAAAGGAUACGACGACUGGGGCGCGUCGAGGGCGAGCGGUGACCCAGACGAGGGUGCGCUCGUGACGUGUUGGUGGGCAUGUUGGACGAGGAAAGGCUCAACUGGCAAAAAGCCAGCAGUCGGUGGCUAAAGUUGGGCAGAUUAUCCUCUGGAAGAUAUGGCCACGCGAGGCCUCGGCGUUUUGGCGUUUUGGCAGGGCGCCCACGGACCAUAUCCGUGGGAUUUUUUCUGGUCAUUCGCAUAGUCGCGGCGGCGCACAGCAAGCAACGCUCGGAGCAACGCCGACAUGUUCAGACGGAACGGUCCAAGAAGAGUGAUGCACGCGCCGGGUAAUUAGUCCGGGUAAUCAAAACGCUUCCAGCCUGGCCGGGAUAGCUCGCUGCGAAGCUGUAGCUCGGGGCUCCACCCGUUGCAUCGUCAUUACAUGGCACUGGCCUGCGCCUGAGUCUUGAAGGAUUGUUCCUACUUCUUCUGUCUUUCUUUUUUUCUCUCCCUCUCCCUGUAGACGGCGAAUUGAAUCAAUACAAACAAUCACAUCCAUA